AAAGUAUAAUACUAAAAUAAAAAAUAUCAGGUGAUAAAGAAUUCUGGAGUCUAUGUUAUUGUCCUUGUUUUGAUUUGAGUUGGCGAGAUUAUUCUUCAUAUUAAAAUGAGUUAAUCUAUCAAACGAGUUGUACUGCUCUUCUUUAAGCUCUUCUUAUUAAAAUGGUACUUUUAAUCUGUUGUUUGCAGUGAACAUGUCCACAAGAAACUGUACAAAACUGUGAAAUAGAAUUGAACAAAGCUCUUCUUGUUUUUUAAAAUUUUGUAAAAACACUUGUUUUGAUUUAUUAAAGGAAAUAAUGUUAUGGAAUUAAAACAAAUCCGAUCAUUUCAGCAUUGCAAAUGUGACAAAAAUAUAUUCUGCAUCAAUCUUCCAAAUGUAUGUCCAUUUUGCUUUGAAACCUUACUAACGUGCACCUUCAUAAUGCCACCAUUUUGUGUUCCAAGUCCAUUUCAUUACCACAUUUCGACUUUACUUAAGUUCAGUUACACCUAUAGUGCAAAACCGAUCACGGAAUACAGUGUGGUUGUCAAACCAACCAAUGGCAACUUUUUAAGCAAUUACAUCACAGAUGAUGAUCUUCACAUUGGAUUGACAAAUUCAAAUGGUGAAAUUUACAGUUUUUCUGAGCAAGGCGUAGUAAUGGAAACCGAUGGCUGGGAUUGUAGCUUGUGCGUUCCCAUGUUAACUGCACAUGAUGAAGAGCUGAUGCUGGAAUGGGACAAUCAAUUAUCAAAAACAACGAACGAUCAUAAUUGGUCCAAAGCAAGGUACGAUGAGUCAGCAUAUAAUUGCUAUGAUUACGUCAUCAGCUUUCUCUCCAGUGUACUGCAACAGUCUAUUUCGAAAGAGACGUUUUGUCAUGAACACUUACUACCAGUGACUGAACGAGCCGCAAAGUAUAUUACGUUGUACAGAGACUUGCAGAAAAAUAAUGUUAUUGUGAAAAAUGCUACAGAUAGCUGAUAUGCUGAUAUUAAAAGGCAUGAUCAAUAUUUUUAAAAAUUAUUUAAAAUCACCUCGUAUAGUGUUGUCGGAGAAGAAAUUUAAGAGAUGUGUAACUCGAGAAUAUUUGUAUUGACUAAUGAAGUCAUUGUGUCUCGUCAAGUGUAAAUAUAAAAAACGAAAGAUGCAUUAUUUAUCAAGGA